AGAAAAUUAAACAUUUUGAAAUACUACGUACUUCUUUGUAAUUCACCUUCUCCUCCGCUCAACACAAUUCGCAACCAGGGCCGGCCCACUUCAUACCUGCGCCCAACUUCAGACCUGCGCACUUGACGACUUGUCACGGGAAAUCAGAAGAACCGAAGAAGCCCCUACUUUGGAGUGGAGACAGGAACGACCGAAGUCCGAAGAGGAAGAAGCGACGAAGGAGUGAAGCUGUGAAGUCGUGAACGACGGAAGGAGGACGACGAAGGUCUGAGCGUCGACCUCCGCCACCAAGCGCUAGUGCCAGGCUGCCACUGCCCCACCGGCCACCGCUCCACGCCUCUCACCUCCAGUCCUCUCCAUCGCCUCAGAAGCUCAACACAUCACGAUUCAUUAAUCGCCCAGGUUCAUCUGUAUAUAAAUUUGUGAAGAAGUCCACAGCCCCUUGACCAAUCUCUGGUUAAGUAGAAAGAUCAUUUCCUGCAGAAUCUUUGAUAGAGAUUUGGCAAGAGAUUUGCUUCAAAGUAUGGAUGUGGAUAAGUUUAUGAAGAAGUAUGUGAAUGUUUCAAGGAAAGAGAUAGAGAAGAUUGCUGAAAAUAUAGAUCUGCCAGUUUCAUGUAAAGACUUCUUUGAUGUUUUCAAAUUCCGUGCUAGUUCUCUUAAUAAUAGAAGGGAAGAAGAAAAGAAAAAUGGCAGUCGUCAAGUUCAAGUGGGGCCCUUAGUGCAGGUGAUUUCAUUGAGCAUCCUACCUACCAAAAAAGUAAAUGGGGGGAAACCAGUUUCCAUCUACGGUAGGAUUUAUGGAGAGUUUUGUGAUGUCACGGGUGAAAAAAUGAUUAUCCAUGACCUUUAUAAGCGAGACUAUGAUGAGGCUGAGGUGGUGGGCGCGAGCGGUAUGCUAACACUCAUAAGCCCGGAUUAUUCAUGCUAUCCAUUUGAAGCAUGCAUGCCAUUGUCAAAAACUAGGAUGGUGUUGGAACUACUAGACUUGAAUCGAAAUGUACUUGUUCAAGAGUCUUUCUAUUUAGAGAAUGAAAAUAAGGAAGACGAUUAUGAAAAAGUUAUUGAGAAAUGUAUUCACAGUGACCGAGCAUCCCUAGUAUUGAAAUACGUUGCAAUUCCAUUUGGGGUUUAUGCUCGGGUAGACAUAUCUUUUUCUCAUAAACAACAUUGUAAGAGAACAAGGGAGAGGUCCCAUUGUUUUAAGAUUAACGGCAGAGUUGUUGCUCGCUAUAGAAACACAUAUGGUAAUUAUGACUCCGAAGAGAGUGUGCUUUUCAAAAAGAACCUGCAUGAAUUUGAACAAGUCAAUAUCGAAGUCGCGAACAGUUUACCUCUCUCAAGGUGUUGGGUCGCUUUGCCAGGAUAUUCUUCUCUUGUCUUGGAUUUGGAUUUGUCAGAAUUUGAAACAGGGCACACGAUUCUUAAAGAAGAGGUCGAAUUAAGAGCACAAAGCUAUCUAAUGUCGGGGGACAAUUUUACAAUUGGGGAUAUUUUAGUUGAAGUUUGUGUGUCAUGGUUUUAUCUUCUGCCAGAAGGACCACAUGAUGAGUCUUGUUCUGAUGAUGAUGCAAUGACACCAUCCUCACCCAAUCCACUCAUAGAAGCAACUGGCAUGUUGCAAGAUGAUAUUGAACCAUGGGAGCUCCGUCCUCAUAAAAGCAUCCCAUUCCCAUCUGCGGCCGUGGAAGUAUUCUCUGUUUUCGUUGGUCGAGGGAAGGACAAGCUAGCGCAAGUAUAUGGUUUGGUGGAGGUUUUUUGCAAUGAUAAUCAUUCAUUUUACAUCUUCAAGAGAGAUAAGAAGGAUGCAUUGAAGUUGUCAAUAAACAGCAAGGAAACCACCAUACCUAUUAUAGACUGCGACUCUCGACUUUAUGAGGAGUGUACUCCCCUGAAAAUGAAAUUUGAUCUCAGUUUUGUUGAUGAUAAUCAUUUAGACAACAGUGACAUAAAGGGAUACGUAGAUUGGGGGGCUGAAAGUCUUGAUUUAUCAUCAUGGCGUGACAAGCAACUUUGUUCACUUAUUCAAGGUGUCGAUGCAUUUGCAGCCGUGCAUUACAACAUUUUCUCAGACGCCGUGCAAGUCAGUCUAAAAGUUUCUUAUUUGUCAAAGGAGUCAUCUAUGGUUGCUAGCCUUAAUCUUCGUUGGCUUUACGGUAAUCUUGUUGCUUAUUACAGUCAAUAUGACUAUUCUUCUUGCUACAAAAAAAAGUAUUACCGGACUGUACUUUUGGAGAAGAUGAAAGAUGAUUGUCUGCGGGUAAGUGGCGAUGGGAUUAUUCCACUUUCUAGGUCUAUGAUUGUUGUUCCAUCAUCUUCCGCUCUCAUGAUUGACAUUGAUUUAUCCUGUGGAAUCUCCCAUGAAAAGAUGCUGUUGUGCACUGAAAAAAUUGAAGUAGGUGUAGGUUUGAAGGUCAUUGAAACCGAUCAUUGUUUUCUUCACAUCGAAUUGGAAUGGAGUGAGGUUAAGUAAUGACUAAUGACGUGAGGAGAUAUUGGGACUGUAAUCGGUGAUUGCACAUUAAUGGUACGGUGCUACUGGUGACUAUUAUGCCAGUUUGCAUGCUCUGUUAUUGUGUGUUAACUCUAUUUAGUUUGCAUGCUAACUAAUCCUUUGGGAUAAACAAUGAAGCACAAAUUGUUAUGAUUGUUCUUUAUUUUUACUAUUAUCUGUUUUGAGCCCCGGGUGUUAAUGUGGAUCAAUGAGUAAAAAAUAAUGUUAGAAAAGUUUUUACUAUGAUUGGACAAGGGAAUUGAUGAUGCAAACGGUCGCACUCAUCUGUUAGAAAAGUUUUUACAUAUGCACUGCAUAUGCAAGGUCACAUGUAAAAACUUUGGCCGUCUCAAAAAACCUUUGGCCGUCUCAAAAAACCUUUGACCGUCUCAAACUUUGGCCGUCUCAAAAAACCUGGUCAACUUUCCUUCUUUGGUUGUCUCAAAAAACUUUGUCAUUUCCAUUUAAAGUAACAAAUAUGGGGCUAAAUUUAUUUCUCUCCUCUGUACAAAUAUCAAUCAUACCGUUUUUACUUUAUUAAUCUACGUGCAAGUCAACGUUGGCCAAGUUUGAUAGGACGAAGGGAGUAUUAUUGUAAGUUAUAUAUGACAUGUGCAUCAUUGUGAGUGCAUGUUAGCACAUUUGUAAUCUCUUACUUCGAUCAGGUGCAAACUUCUGAAUUACAAAGUGCAAAUUGAAUUGAUAUAAAGUGCAGAAGGUGAUUUCAUUGAGGGGCAAAGUAGAAGAUUUCACUAGAGUACUUGGAGUUUGAGGCCUCUGUAUCUUCAUCUGCAAGCACACAGCGGCGAAGAUAAGCAGCAUUGAGCAAAAUGGAGGCGGGAGACGAAGCCUUAGAGAUAUUGGACUCCAAAGACUUGCAGCAGCAGAGCAAAGCCUUCGAUAAGCUCACUGAUCAUGUCGAAGACCGACAGCUCAACUCUUCGCGUGUCCAAUCGGCUAUGGCCUCAAUAUCUGCUACGAAGGAAGCUGAUCUUCAAGCUAUGAGAAUGAGGGAGAAGGAAUUAGCUGCUGUUAAGAUAGAUGCUGCCCAUAUCGAUAUAAUCGCCAAUGAACUCGAGGUGACAAGAAGUUUGCUGAACGGACACUAAGAGAGCAUAAAGGUGAUGUUAUUGCUGCAAUAAGGCACUUGCUUGAUACAUCAGUUUCCUUCUGAAAACAAUUGAAAUCCUUCCUUUCUUCUGUACCAUUGUACGUCUUAGUGUGUACAAGCAGUUGAGCAUUUCUUUUUUUAGGCACUUGUUCAAAAGUACUUCCCUUCUAAGUGCAUCUGAUGGUCCUAAAUUGAGAGUUCAUAAUGGUGAAAUUAUCAACUAUUCUGAUUUUCUGCUUAAGAUAAUAUUGCAUCAGUGAAAAUUUGUCUUCCUCAA